AUGGAAAAGUUGAACGCCAUCCUGAACGACGCCGUACCGUUGGGCGACGACGCCACGGGCAAGGUCCUCGGCGCGGCCUUUGUCGUCACUAACAAAGACGAUUUUCUGUACUCCGGUGCGGCCGGACGCAUCGGUCUGGACGCCGCCUCGCCCGCCUUCGCCGCCGACUCCUUCACCUGGAUCGCCUCCAUGAGCAAGGUCGUGACAGCGACGUGCCUGCUGCAGCUCGUCGAGCGCGGCCUCGUCAACCUCGACGACGACGUACGACCGCGGAUGUUGCUCGCGCACACCUCGGGCUACCCGUACGACUUCUCCAACCCGCGCGCGCUGCAGUGGUCCCAGCGACCGGACCGCCGCCCCGGGCUGUUCCCCGCGCGCAGCCGCGCCGCCAUCGACACGCCGCUCGUGUACGCCCCCGACGAGUACUGGAACUACGGCACCGGCCCGGACUGGGCCGGCGAGCUGCUCGCCCUCGUCACCGGUCGCUCCCUCGGCGAGUACGUGCAGGAACGCAUCCUCGCGCCCCUCGGCAUGCGCGACACCGGCUUCUACCCGUCGCGGCUGCCGCACGUGCACGACCGCUUCGUCCCCGACCUUGCCCGCCGCGGCGGCAAGCUGGAGCUGCAGGGCGACUCGACGGCGGUGGAGGACUGGACCAUGGAGGGCGGCGGCGGCGGGCUCUUCUCCACGGCGCGCGACUUCGCCACGUUCCUGCAGGGCCUGCUCGCGGGCAGGCUGCUGUCCGAGGCGUCGAUGGAGGAGCUCUGCAGGCACCAGCUCAACCCGAAGCAGGUCAAGGGCAUCGAGGCCUUCACGUACGACAUGGGCGUGCACGGCAUCGUGGCGCCCGAGUUCCCGCGGCACGCACGCAUGCAGCAGGCGUUUGGCGGCAUGGUCAACGUCGACGACGUGCCGGGCAAGCGACGGAAGGGUUCGAUUUCGUGGAGCGGUGCAUCGGGGCCUCGAUGGUGGUUGGAUCGAGAAUCGGGCAUCGCGGGCGUCAUGAUGCUCAACGUCAUCGAAUUCGACCCUGCCGCGAACAAUGCGAGCGCGCCGCCGUCGGGGCUGCUGUGGCAGAAGCUGGAGGAGGCAACGUAUGGGGACCUUUUGAAAUAG